CAGACUCUGACUACAAUUAUUUGUCAGACAAAAUGGAAGAAAAUUCAGAAAAAGAAUGUCUUUAUGCUUUGGAAAAUGUUCAACCUGAAGGAUGGAUUAUCCAGCAAGAAUAUCCCCAUUGCUAUAGAUAUUUCCAUAACUUAUCUGAGUUUGAAAGAUGGCAUGAAUCAAUACCUGAAGAUUGGCAUACAUUCCAUGAAAUUAUUCAGACUGGGCAAUCACAAAAAAUCAAGAUUGAUGUGGAUGGCGAAUUAGAAAAAUUUGCAUCAUAUCCCAAUCCUUUAGACAGAAUAGAAAUAUCUCUUGGACAGAAAUCGUUUGAUGGUUUCAUAGCUAAUGCAUAUCUUCAUUCAUGGCAGAAGUCAACUGAGGUUACAUGUAAAAAAGAUGAGAUUUAUUUGUACAUUAAAAAUGCUCUCCAAAUUGCUAUAAAAGAAAUAACUGGAUUAAUUCUUUCAAAAGAUGAUCUUCUUGUAGCCAAUUCCUCAAAUGAGUCUAAGUGGAAAAGAAUGCAUCCUUUUAUUGAUGAAAAAGUAAAUAAAGAUCUCCAUUGCUUUCAACUAGCAGGAAGUCAUAAAGCCAAAGACUCUUCACGCAUUAAACGCAUAUGUUCAAAUCGUACUUGGAGAGAGUUGCUUAUCACUCAUAUUGAGAAAGAUUCCAUAGAACUCUGGCCAUAUGAAUGGGAAGAAGAAGAUAAAAAGCUGAAAAAUGAGUCUGUCUCACGUGAGGAGAGUGAUACUGCAAUAAAAAUAGUAGAAGAACAAUUUUCUUUUCUGUCUUAUCAAAAUUCUAAUAAUGGCUUUGAUACUUUUGAUAGAAUUCUGCCUACAACAUGUUCGAUCUGUGAAAAAGAGCACACAAGAGAAGGUGAAUCUGGUAUCAAAGUUGUUAGGGCAAACUAUGAUAACAGGGCCAGCAAGGUUAAGAAAAAAGUUAUUCCACAUUUAGAUAGAUUAAGAUCUUGGCUUCAGCAUAUAUCACAAUCUCAUUCACAAAAUAACUUUACUGCUAUUGGAAAAAACAUCGAAAUAUAUAAUGCUAAAACAAUGCAUAGCUAUAAUUUACAAGCUAAACUUACAAGCGGACAUUGUGGUGUUGGCAAAUCAAAUAAGACAGCAGAGGAAAUAAAAAUGCUAUGUCAUUCUGAUGGUUCUUCCAUUUCAAUUCUCAUUAUUUCUGGCCGGCGUAGUCUAGCCCAUGGUCAAAAAGUUCUUUUCAAAGGGUUUAAGUCUUAUCUUGAGCUGGAUAUGAAAAAGCUUAAUCCUAAAGAUACUCCAAAACUCAUUAUCAGUCCCAAAAGCAUUCACAAACUUGGAGCAACUGGCUAUGAUAUAAUUAUACUAGACGAGUUUGAAACUAUUACUCAGAAUUUUAGUGGACCUACUAUGAAAAAACCAAAGCUGAGCCACAAUGUAUAUAAAUCCUUGCUCCAAUCUGCAUUAUUGAUAUUGGCUUUAGAUGCUACAUUAGAUUCAGACUCACUUGUACAUUUACAAAACAUUUCGAAAAUAGAUGCUGAAAAUUCAACC